AUGGAUCACAUCUUGGACAGAUCAGAUGAUGAGGACAACAUUUUCUUUGAAAAUCCUCAAACUGACUCCCUUCAAGAGGCAGCUACUAAAAAACAGGAUAUGUUGGAGCUGGAGGCUGAGCAUGAUCAGGACCUGCAGAGUAAACAGGAUGAGCAAGAAACACAUGAUGCUCAAUGUGAGGACCCUCAACUCUCCACAUCUGUGCAGUUUUCAGAGAACAUCCCUAAACUGAGUCAGGAGAACAUAUUUUUCCAGCUAAACCACUGGAAUACACAGAUGGGUCUACAAGUGAAAGAACUCGGAGAUGAUCACAUGGGCUGGAUGAAGAAAAUUAACAGUAUUAUACAAAAAGUAACCCUAUCAGAAAGCACAGUGAAGAGCUUGUUAAGUGAGGUGAUGUCUUUGGAGGGCCAAAUUGAAAAGCUGGAGUUACACCAGGGCCGUGACCCUGACAAGGGGGAAAACAUCAAGGAGAAGAUUGUGGAAAUUAAAAAGCAACUAGGAGAAAUGGAUAACAAAUUUGUCCAGGUUGAUGCUUGUAAUGAAGCUCAUGAAUUAAAGGAGAAACUCGUUGCAAAAAUAGAGAACUUCUGCAAGGAUAUGACUGUGAUGAAUAAAAGACUGGGGAUGUACCCAAUGAGAGAAGAGCACACAGACUCUCGGAGUCCUAAAGACACGGGUAGGGAAGAAAUGGAGCGUCUGCUUCUUCAGGCUCCCCCGACCCCUCCAGAGCAGAACUUCCCUCCUCGCAGUACCUUGUGGAAACGUGCACUGAGGAUUUUCAUCACAUUUUAUGCCCUCACCUUCACUGUACUUUCAUGUUACAUAUUAUUUUUUGAUGCCACGUUUAUCUUUGAAAGCGUGCUCCCUACAAUGCUUGGGCGCCGCAGAACGUGGGAACUACGGGAGAUUAUUGUGCCUUUCUUAAAUUUGGAAGUGGAAGACUUGUUACCCUCCUAA